CCCUUCUCUACUCUCUCUCUCUCUCUCUCUCUCUCUCUCUCUCUCUGUUGCGAUGUCGAAGAGCAAUUUGGUUUCUUCAAGCCCUAACCCUAGCUGGAAAGGCUCUGGAGUCGGCGCGGUGGGAUCCAGGGAGCAGUUGGAGACGAUCUUCAACAAGUUCGACAAGAACGGCGACGGAAAGAUCUCCUGCGACGAGCUCAGGGACGUGUUCGGUGAGCUAGGCUCCGAUACUUCGUCGCUGGAGGAAGUGCGCAGCAUAAUGGCGGAGUUCGACAGAGACGGCGACGGCCACAUUGACAUCCUGGAGUUCGCGGAGAUCAUGAAUGGCGGAUCGAGCCAAGAGCUUCGCGACGCCUUCGACCUUUACGAUCUCGACAAGAACGGACUGAUCUCGGUGAGUGAGCUUCACGAGGUGAUGAAGCGAUUGGGGCUGAAGUGCUCGCACCAGGACUGCGUGAAGAUGAUCAGGAACGUCGACGCCGACGGCGAUGGCCACGUCAACUUCGACGAGUUCAAGAAGAUGAUGACUCCCCGUUGAUCCUCCGUACGGGUGCGUAUUUGGCUAGCGAUCAAAAUUCACAAUCAAAACAGUACAAACAAGAAUUAUUAGACAGUCUUCUUCUAAUUAGUAGUUUGAUUUAGAUUCAGUUUCUUAGGGAUUUGACGUGGUUAAUUGGAAAAGUGUACAAAAUUAACACUUGAAUCGUUGGUGCUAAUUGGAUCCACUAUCGUCUUUUGGAAUUAAAGUAUUGCUCUUCUUGUUUCUUA